UUUCGAGCAGACAAAGAUGGCGGUACGGAAGAAAGACGGCGGCCCGAAUGUAAAAUAUUUCGAAGCGUCUGAUACCGUCUCGCAGUUCGACAAUGUCCGGGUUUGGCUGGGCAAGAAUUAUAAAAAGUAUAUUCAAGCAGAGCCCCCCACCAAUAAAUCUUUGUCGAGUCUGGUGGUUCAGCUGCUUCAGUUUCAAGAGGAGGUGUUUGGCCGGCACGUCAGCAACCCUCCACUCACUAAACUACCGAUGAAGUGUUUUUUGGAUUUCAAAUCUGGAGGAUCUCUUUGUAAUAUUCUGGCUGCUGCCUACAAGUUCAAGAGUGAUCAAGGAUGGAGGAGAUUUGACUUCCAGAAUCCUUCAAGAAUGGACCGCAAUGUUGAAAUGUUCAUGACUAUAGAAAAGUCUUUGGUACAGAAUAACUGUUUGUCCCGACCUGUGAUUUACCUGAGUUCAGAAAUAGAGCCCAAGCUACUAGGAAAACUGAAGGACAUCAUUAAACGACACCAGGGGUCUGUGACUGAAGAUAAGCUGUCCAGCUCUCAUGUAGUGGUGCCUAUUCCUGCUAGUCUGGAGGACGAAGAGUGGGUUCGUCCUGUAAUGAAGAGAGACAAACAGAUGCUGCUACACUGGGGCUACUGGCCUGAUAGUUAUGACACAUGGAUCUCAGCCAGUGAGGUGGAGGCUGCUGUGGAGGAUCCGCCCACUGCUGAGAAACCCAGGAAGGUCCAUGCCAAAUGGAUUCUGGACCUGGAUCAGUUUAAUGAGUGGAUGAAUGAGGAAGACUAUGAGGUGGGAGAAGGUGGACCGAGAAGGAAGAGAAUUUCAGCAAAGACUCUUACAGAUGAAGUAAGCGCUCCAGAUGAAAGGCGGGAUAAAAAACCCAGCAGUGCCAAAAAAAGGAAGCGUUCCCCGUCUCCAUCUCCUACCCCUCCACCACAGGAGAGCAAGAAGAAAAACACCAAGAAAGGGCCCACGACUCCCUACACUAAGUCUAAACGAGGACAGAGAGAGGAAGAACAGGAAGAUCUGACUAAAGAUUUAGAUGAACCCUCACCUGUGCCUGCAGUGGAGGAAGCAACACUACCUAAAACAGUGACUAAGAAGGACUCAGAUUCUACUCCAGUGAAAGGAGGCACUAUGACUGACCUGGAUGAGCAAGAGGAUGAAUCAAUGGAGACUGUGGGGAAGGAGGAAGAAGAAGGUUCUCCAAGUGUAAAAGGGGAACCGGUGAAGGGUUCAGACCUUCAUGAGGAUAAUGUCACUGAACAGACCCAUCAUAUUAUUAUCCCUAGCUAUGCUGCUUGGUUUGACUAUAACAGUGUCCAUGCUAUAGAGCGCAGAGCAUUGCCUGAGUUUUUCAAUGGGAAGAACAAGUCAAAGACUCCUGAAAUUUAUCUGGCAUACCGUAACUUCAUGAUUGACACGUACAGACUGAACCCACAGGAGUAUUUAACCUCUACAGCAUGCCGUAGAAACCUGGCUGGAGAUGUUUGUGCCAUCAUGAGGGUCCAUGCAUUUCUGGAGCAGUGGGGCUUGAUUAACUAUCAGGUGGAUUCAGAGAGUCGGCCCACCCCCAUGGGGCCUCCACCCACCUCACACUUUCAUGUGCUGGCAGAUACUCCAUCAAGUCUGGUACCACUACAGCCGAAAGCAUCCCAGACUUCAUCCUCUCAGCAGUUGCUCUCAUUCCCUGAAAAAGUAAAGGACAAACCAGCUGACUUGCAGAACUUUGGGUUGAGGACAGAUGUGUACAGUAAAAAGAGCGGCCCAGCUAAAACUAAAAAUGCUGCCAGUGCCACUCGGGAAUGGACAGACCAGGAGACGCUGCUACUGCUGGAGGGUCUAGAAAUGUAUAAAGAUGACUGGAAUAAAGUAUCGGAGCACGUGGGCAGCCGCACACAGGAUGAGUGCAUCCUCCACUUCCUGCGUCUACCGAUCGAAGACCCCUACCUGGAGGACAGCUCCUCCUCCCUGGGCCCGCUGGCCUACCAGCCAGUUCCCUUCAGUCAGGCAGGGAACCCUGUCAUGAGUACUGUAGCGUUCCUGGCCUCUGUGGUCGACCCUCGCGUGGCUUCCGCUGCAGCUAAAUCAGCACUUGAGGAGUUCUCUCGAAUGAAGGAGGAGGUACCAGCUGCGUUGGUGGAGGCUCAUGUGCGUCGAGUGGAGGAGGCGGCCAGAGCAAGCGGGAGGCCAGACCCUCUCUACGGCCUGGAGGGCAGCGGCAUCGCAGGAACCGGCCUUGAAGAUUCUGACAAACCCUCUGAGGAUGGAAGUGAGGAGAACAAGAGCACUGAUGGUCAAUCUAGCCAAGAUAAAAGAGAAAAUAAGGAGAGUAAAGAUGGAGCCAGUGAGGAGGAAGAAAAACAAGGAGAAAACGGCAAGAAAGAGGAAGAGAGAGUGAGAGAAGGAGAGACAGAAAGAGAGACGGAGAAAACGGACUCAGAAAUGGCUGAUGGCGAGAAGGAGAAAGAACGCAAGGAGGGAUCAGAAGAGGGUCAGAGGGAUGGAGAGAGUGAAGGAGAGAAGAAAGCAAAGGUGGAGAGAGAUGUAGGAGAGGGAAACCUGGCCACCGCUGCUGCUUCUGCACUCGCUGCUGCUGCUGUGAAAGCUAAGCACUUGGCAGCAGUAGAGGAAAGGAAGAUCAAGUCACUGGUGGCUCUGCUUGUAGAGACCCAGAUGAAGAAACUGGAGAUCAAACUCAGACACUUUGAAGAGCUGGAAACUAUCAUGGACAGAGAGAGAGAGGCGCUGGAGUAUCAGAGGCAGCAGCUUCUUGCCGAUCGUCAGUCGUUUCAUAUGGAACAGUUGAAGUAUGCAGAGAUGAGAGCCCGACAGCAACACUUCCAGCAGAUCCAACACCAGCACCAUAGCAACCAGCCUGGCAAUCAGUCUGGCAGUACUCCAUCUGUACCCCACCAGCCUGUCACUAACGCCUCUGCCCCGCCCCCAACACAAAGCCCCGCCUCUGUGAGCACCUCCAAUGCCCACACUGAAGCUCCUCCACCUGUAUCUCACAGUUCUCCCCCCCACCAACGCACAGACUGGAACAGCGCAUGAUUCCAGCACUCCACUACCAGGGGAUUCGCUCUAUCCAAACGCCCCUGUGCCUCCAACACAGUAAAAGAAAUGGUGAGAUUUAAAGGGGAUCAGUGAUUCCAGAGAAGAAAAUGAAGGAGAUUAGAUAAAAAGCAAAAGAUAAAGGGAGCGAUAUCUUGUUUUUUUUUUUGUCACUUGCAUCAUUUUUUGGGAGAAAAUGAUAUAAAUGAAUUCUUGCCAGCAUCUUGAACAUGACAUGAUUCAAAAUAAAUAGCUAAAGCUAAACACAGAUAACCUUUAAACUGACUGACAAAUAAAACAGAAAAAAAGACCUUUGGUUUGGACACUUGGAAAGGUCUUAAACCCAAAUCCCUCUUAACAUCCAACAAAAGCACUCCUGACCCAAACAGCCUGAAUCCAAGUACCAGGCACAAGGCUCAGUCCGUCCUCCAUUUUCAGUAACAUCUCUUUUAACUUCGAGCCAAACUACAGGAUCCGAGGUACCUGUGGUCUGCACUCCAGAAGCAUCUCAAUGUACUUUAGGUACUCAUAUGGAAACAAACACGCAAAAGAAAACCAAGAACAAAUUGCACUUUUAGAAUGUUUCCUGAAUCUUACUUUUUGGAGGGAUGAAGCAUAAAGUCAAAAUUAGCCCUGACUUAAUGUUUUCUUUUAACAACAUUCUUUUUAUCACUUAAUCUUUGUAUUUGUUACAUAGAAGCACUCGAUUUGGAGCAAGUCUGAAGAGAAACUUGACUUUGUUAUCGUUACUUUGUAUGCGUGCGUGUGAAUGUCGGUUUUGCUUUCGGGACAAUGUGAAAGCUUCAGUGGUUUGGCCUGUUUUUUUAUGUACAAUUAGAUUUUAGCAUGACAAAAAGACAACAAAUUAGUAUUAAAUCUGUUUACUUUGUCUCUGACAACAUGUACUGUAAACCUGGAAAUCAUGUCAUCAAGAAUUGAUGUUUGCAUGUUAUCUUUUGGGUAUGUGUGCACGUCAUUGCCACAAAAUAUCAUUUCUAACAGGUGAAAGUAGCUGUUUCAUUCUCAUCUCAUUGCAAUGCUUGUGAGAAUACGUAUGAUUAAUCGACAAUGAAAAAAUCAUGGGAAAGGCAGCAAGGAAUCAUAUUGGUUCCUCAACUCGAAUAGAGUUGAAUCAAUCAUUUUAGUGAGAUCAUAUCGCACAUUUUAGUAAUCAGUGUUAAUGCAAGAACUGAUGUUUCAGUUCAGAUUGUUAACCCUUGUGCGUCCAUUUAAAAAGAAGCUACACAGAAUGUCCUUAGAGGACAAAAAUGUCCAUGUUAAAAAGGUCAUUAACGGUUUCUGCUUUCACUGACAAAUUUGUUUACGAGAAUCUGUCCUGAUCAUAACUAUCAAAAAUGCAGUCAUAACAGUAUUGGAUCUAUUUACUAAAACUAACAUCAUAUUAAAAAUAUUUCAUUACUUGAAAUAAAAUCCAUACUUUUAUGCUUAGUGGGACUUGAAUGAAAUAUUGCUGCUUUAAUGGGUUUCAGUGGGGAGAUUUUUGUCCUUAAGGGCCUGAGUCUAACUCAUUUUUAUAUCUGAAAGGAAAUGAGGGUAAGAUAUGACAAUUCCAAUAAAAAUACACAUUUUUGACACAUUUAUGCAUUAACACAGCUAAAAUGAUCAAAAAAGACAAAAAUGUCUUUAAGGACACACAAGGGUUAAAGAAUGUGCUUUGUUUGUGUGUGUGUGAGUGUGUGAACGGGUAUUUUAGUAACAGGCCAAACCCACAGAAAGUAUUUACGACAUGAAGGAAAACCGUUUUGUUUUACAAAUUAGUGGCAACUACCUGACGAGUAGAGACAAAGGAUUUUAAAGUUACGUUUGCAGCUGUGGUCUGUGUAUCUCAUAUCUUCAUAUUGUAACUGUCCUAUUUUUGUAUUUUUAUAUGUUUCUUUACACUAUUACGAAUGAUGUAAUGCUGUUAUCAUAUUCUACAUGUCUGUAAUGUUUCCUUCUCUUUCUGACUGUGGAUGUUGUCGUAUUAUUGACAUGUUCAUGUGAAAGUGUCAAGUCGCUUUAUACGAUGAAGCUGGACUCUUUGUGUGUGUGUGGUGUGCAUGCACUCUUUGAUUUGCCACACAUCUUUUUGUAUGUACGUACGUAUGUAUGUUUUUUUUUUUUAUUAUUAUUUUAAUCGACGUUAUUUUGCCAUGUUUCCAGACUACAAAUGCUAGUAGUGAUGGAUGUAAAAUCUGCCAAUGUCAGAAUCUACAAACUCAUACACUCCCACUGUAAUAGUAUCUGCAGUUUACAUCCUCACACAUGUAUGUGAAUGCACACGUAUGCAGUAGUCCAACAUGCAGUAUUACUGACAGAACAGAUUCACAUCAACCUCACAGUUUUGCACGACUCAUAACCAGUGUUGAAAAAGGUCAUUUGAUCAGUUUGCUCAGCUCUUUGGUCUUCGUCUUUUACAUUGUAGUGGUAUAAGUAGUUGUCGUUUUUUUAAUUUUUACAUUUUGUUUAUACUUUUUUUUUUUUUUUUUUAAUGGUGAAAGAUGGUAACCAUUGCAUUGAGAUGUGUGUGAAUGUUUGAAGAUGUUCAGUUCGUCCUUUGAGGAGAUGUAGCAGGAGCUGUCUAGCACCUGUUUGACUAAGAAUGGAUCGAUUUUGGUUUCAAAAAUACUGAACGGUUCUGCACAAUAAAAGGCAUCAUCAGUAAUA